AUGAUUUCAUUGAAUCAAAAAUUUUUAUCAUAUGAUAAAUACCGCAUUCAAAUCGCAGUUUUCUUUGUGUGCGAAAAAAGCAAAGCUAGAAGAGAAAAUAAAACUGUAAUAAAUCAAGCAAUUUCAGGAAUGCAUUGGAUAAUAAAAAUUGAAAAUACAAAAGAAUGCAUCUUCUGCUAUUAUCAAAAAGGAAAGAAAUCAAGGACUCUUUAUAUUUGUUCAGAAUGUAAGAUACACCUUCAUCCAAAUUGCUUUUAUAGUUAUCAUAAUAAUAUAAAAUAA